AUGUCGGGGAUGACGAGGUUCCUCAGCCGUCGCGAGAAGAACCAUGACAAGCGCCGGUCGAAGAGCGCCAGCCGUAAAUCGAAGAUCGUCCCGUCGGACCUAUACACCAUCUUUUCAAACGAAGCAAGUACAAAGACUGAGAAGGACAGCGACGACAAGGUCAAGGCGCUGAUUCAGCGGCUCAACAAGAUCGGAGUUACAACAUUCGGGGAAGAACAAUGCGCCUACGCUCUCGCAAAACAUGCCGACGACCCAAACCGAGCAUACGAGUUCCUUAUAUUAGCUCAAGACUCCUUCGAGGGUAUAUUGAAGGAUAUUGAUCCUGGUGUAAAGAUGCUGGGCGCGGAGAACAGGAACUACGUCACCUGCUACCUAGACGCGCUGCUCUUUGCCAUGUUUGCAAGGCUGGAUAGCUUUGAGGCGAUUCUAUACAACUCAUUUGAGGAUGAGCCGCGAAAAAAGCUAUCUGGGAUGCUCAGACUAUGGGUCAAUAUGCUUCGCAGCGGCAAACUGAUCACAGUCGACCUCGUGGGCCACGUACAAGCAGCCAUUGGUGACUGCGGAUGGGAAGAAGCAUGCGAGGCCCGCCAACAGGAUGCAUCUGAGGCCUUCACGUUCAUUACUGGAAAACUCGAAUUACCUCUGCUGACGCUGAAGAUGGACAUAUAUCAUACCGGUAAGGAAGAGAAGGAAGAUGACCAUAAAUUUGUGAACGAGCGAUUGCUCGAAGUAGCAUUACCAGAAGCCGAGGAAGGACAGACUCUCACAUUAGAAGACUGCCUGGAAUCAUACUUCAACAACAAAAUCGAGGUCAAACGCAUUCUUCAGCGCCGGACUACCCUACAGUCUGUACGGUCCAUGGACUUCGGAGAAAAGACUGGAAGCACGCACAUCGAGACUGUUGAAAUCUCCUCGAGAUCAAGCUCGCCAGCUGUCAUGACGCCCAUGACUCCCACCUUUAGUCAUACCCCAGCAUCUCCAAUGAGACCUGUAACCGGGCGAGGAAGAGCGGAUAGUAUCUUCAGCGAGCGAUAUGUCAAGACGAGCGAAUCCUCCGAUAAGACUCUUACAGAUGAACUUGCGAAAGACGGCAUUACUUCUCGACCACGCGAGGGCUCUUUACGCAAAGAAGUUAUGAUGCCAGCCUGGCAGUUCUUUAGCCUCAUUCGUGAUGAUGCACAGGUCGCUGCUCAUUUCUCGGCGAAGCGACCAGUCUUGGGCAUCUGUCUGAAACGAUACACAAUGCUCCCUAACGGCACUCCCAAGCGCCUACACACUUUCAUCGACAUACCCCUUGAGAUUGGCCUGCCUCAUUUCAUCUCAGACGAUCGUAUGGACGAGGAGGGUCCUCUGUUCGGGAACUUUAAGCUGGUGCUACAAUCCGUCGUAUGCCAUCGGGGCGUCUCAGUGGAUUCCGGUCAUUACGUCGCCUUGGUUCGGGCGAAUGUACCUACACUAUCAUCGCAAUCGAAGUUAGGGGACUCUCGGCCUGGGAGCGGCUACUCCUCUGACGACGCUCCCAGCCAAUGGAUGCGAUUUGAUGACCUUGCCAAGGAACGUGUCACGGAUGUCGACAUCAAGCAAGCAUUAAAGGACGAAUCACCCUAUCUUCUCUUUUACCAGGUCCAGCCUAUUGACGAAGACCUAGCUCGGGGAGAUCCACCAAGCUACUCAGAAACACAGUCUGGAUUUUCCACCGUAGAUCCGUCCGUAGAGACACUUGUUACCACUGUAUCUGAGCCCACAGACGACAGCACGGAAUGGGAUCGUGUCGAAGCCAUCACACUCUCCCGCCAGACCACACCCGCGCAACGUCUCAGCACCGAUGUUUCAGGUGGCAACCGCCGCAGUAUCUCUUUCGAUGAGCUUGAACACGGCGACAGCACCCGUGGUCGCACCCCCGGGCCCACUCCAGCUGAAGAGCGCAAAGGCUUUCUCUCCGCCUCACGGUCAGCCUCCAAAUCCGGGAAGAAAAGCAGUAGUAAGAGUCGUCCUACCAGCCAAAGCGGCGAGAGCAGUAGCAGACUCAGUCUCACAAUGUCGCGACUAACAGGGCGCGGUAGCAAGGACAAACUCCAGAUCCCCGAUAACUCGGAAGACCCCGUUGUCGUUGUUCAGGAGGUUUCCACAAACGAUUAUCCCACUAAACCCGCCGCCGCGCCUGAUAAGGUGAUGUCUGCGGCGACGCUUGCGGUAAAGAGUACGGGGAUGGGGAGAUCGAAGAGUAAGAGAGGGAAGGAGAAGGAGAAGAAGAAGGGAGAGGGGGAGAAGGUGCAUCGCCAUCACCAUGGCAAACAGCCGGAUAGAGAGUGUAUCGUCAUGUGA